AUGACAAGUAUCGGGAUAGCAGGUUCCCUAGGCAUUCGCCUGUCAGUGCCUUACAGAGGGGCUCGGCCAUUGUCUGCUUCCUUGCAGACCAAAGACACUGGGCAAGUGGGUGGAGAAGGGGUGGAGCUGACUGGCCGGCAGUCGUGGCAAGCGGCUAAGCCGAUCCUCGUCACGCGUGAUGUCGUCGUCCCAGUGGGGUUCUGGCUUGAAACUGCAUCGAAGGGGCCGACGAAUCGGACCCUACCGGACGAGACCAGACCGGACCGGACCGGACCGGACCGG